AUCCCCCGAGUCUGACAAGGCCCGGCCCGGCCCGGCCGUUCAUACCCAGCGCGGCCCGAGCCAGGCGGGACGUACCCGGCGAGCCGGAGAGACACGAGAUCCCUAGAAGAUGGGUGACUGGGGAUUCCUGGAGAAACUGCUGGACCAAGUCCAGGAGCACUCGACUGUGAUUGGGAAGAUCUGGCUCACCGUGCUCUUCAUCUUCCGCAUCCUCAUCCUGGGCUUGGCCGGGGAGUCCGUCUGGGGGGACGAGCAGUCGGAUUUCGUGUGUAACACCAAGCAGCCAGGCUGCACCAACGUCUGCUAUGACAAAGCCUUCCCCAUCUCCCACAUCCGUUACUGGGUGCUCCAAUUCCUCUUUGUCAGCACCCCAACCCUGAUUUACCUUGGCCAUGUUGUCUAUCUCUCCCGGAGGGAGGAGAAGCUGAAGCAACGGGAGAGCGAGCUCCGGGCUAUCCACAGCAAGGACCCAAAGAUCGAGCAGGCUCUGGCAGCUGUGGAGAAGAAGAUGUCCAAGAUCUACAUGACAGAGGACGGACGGCUCAAGAUCCGAGGGGCACUGAUGUGGACGUACAUCGUCAGUGUGAUCUGCAAGAGCAUCUUUGAAGCUGGCUUCCUCGUUGGCCAGUGGUACCUCUAUGGCUUCUCCAUGGUGCCCCACUACGUGUGCAAGAGGGACCCGUGCCCCCAUCAGGUGGACUGCUUCAUCUCCCGCCCUACUGAGAAGAGCAUCUUCAUUGUCUUCAUGCUGGUGAUGGGCCUGAUCUCCUUAAUCCUGAACCUCCUGGAGCUUUUCCACCUCUGCUGCAAGAACCUGUUUAGCAAAAUCAAGGUGUCAAAGCCGAGUGCCCCAAGCCGGGACGACUUUGCCAAUGACACGGCCUCGGGUCCCUAUGCACCCAAGCACUACCCCUUUCUGCCCAUGGCUGAAAGCCACACAGCAUCCUACCAGGCCUACAACAAGCUCUCCAGUGAGCAGAACUGGGCCAAUUUCCACAACGAGGAGAACCUAGCACUGGGUAACAGACCCUUGUCCGACCCCUAUGCCCCCAGGGCUGCUGAAGCCCCAACCCUGGAGGAGAAGCUGUGCGGCCGUCCCGAGAGCUCAGCCUCCAAAAAGCAGUAUGUCUAGUGCCAGGCUGGCCCUGGCUGGCCGAGGGGACCUUCCUUGGUCCCUCGUGCCUGUGAAGGUGCUGGCCAUGGGCAGGCAGCUGCCUCCUGCCUGGUGCUGUGCCCUAUGGACUGGUCCCCCCUGGAGGUUCUGCCCCUGGGUUGUGAUGCUGGGAGCAGGGCCGAGCGGAGCCUCCCUACAGACCCUGCAAGGAAGGAAACUGCAGAAAGUUCUCUGGGACGCCGUGUCCUGUGUGCCUCGCCGUGGGAAAGGGAGAAAUCCCUGGAACCGUGCAGCUGGGAACAGGCUGUCCCCGGGGCUGCAGUGGGUGGAGAUGGCUGCCCCUUGGGAACCAAAGCUCAGCUGGACCCCAGGACUUGUCAGAGCCCCAGGCUGUGGGAAGCCCCUCACCUCCACUGGGAAUGCACUGAGCCUCGGGGGGCUGGGGGAAGCUGGGCAGGGGCUGUGCUGCCUGAUGGGGUCUUGGCCACCAGCCCAGCCCUGUCCUGUUCCUGUCAGCCCGACACGGAGCCAGCAGCUCGAAGCUGGGGCUCUGGUGUCCAGCAGAACCCGAUGGCUGCAGGGUCACUGAUUGGGUGCCCCAGGUUUGUGAGCUCCCCCCGCUGUGUCCUGGCCCUGGACCCUUUCCCAUGUGAUGUGUGCCUCUUAAGUUAUUUUUAACCUCUUGGCCUGAGCACGGAGCUUUCUGCCUUAAAGGUGCAGUUGUGCAGGGGGGUUGGGGAGAUGCCCCUGAGCCCUGUGUUUUUCUGGGGAGGAAUCAGCCUGAUAACUGCUGGGUUGGGGUGGGGGGGUUAUUGGUUUUAUUACUUUGCACUACUCAUCUCCUGCUGUGGGCUCAGGUGCUGGGGGGAUAUGGAAGAACCAACUGCUGCCCUGACUUCCUCAGCCCCCCUGUCCCCCAAUGCUGUGAAAGGGGAAGGUUCUGCCAUGACCAAGGGGGCUGUGGGUCCUGCGUGACCCAGGCACUAGUGUGGGAUGUGGGCACUGCCCUCAGUGCUGUUUCCUUCCCCCGCCUUGCAGACUCAGUGCUGCAACUUGUUGAAUAAAGCUGGAUGAAUGGAAUAAA